UGACGAAGAUACUCAUUACAGGUUUUUGUGCACGCAUGCCCCCUGCCCCCUACCGGCGCAUUGUAGGGAAGAACCCAACAUAAAACAGUAAUGGCCGCGAGGGAGGUGAUUACUGAUUGGGAACACGCAGGGAGAAUAAACUCUCUCAUCUCCUCCCUGAAACUAUCGUGGCUUUAGUUGCGGAGUAAGGGGAUUAAAACGAAAAUGCCUUGUAUUCUUCGGUUCGUUAGGUCUUUUAUCUGUUGAGACCAGAAGUUCCAGUUGAAACCCUAAAAGUUACAACACAAGGAAGAUCUUUAGCCUGUGAUUGUAGGAAACAUGGCGCAUGGCGGCUACGGCAAGCGUAGAGUCGCCGAGAGGAGGUCCGUUGGUCGUCGUUCCAAGGGAUUGGGGGUCGAGAAGAAAUCCAAGACGGUAUCUCUCAAGAAUCAGAUUCGGUCGGUCGAGCGAAUGCUCCGAAAGAACCUUCCCCCUGAAGUCAGAGAGGUUCAAGAAAAGAAGUUAGAAGAUCUCAGGAAGCAGCAGGAGCUCCAAACUCGCUUGGCCAUAGAACGCAAAAUCUUUCUGCAUGAUAGAAAGAUAAAGUUUUUUGAAAGAAGAAAAAUAGAAAGGAGAAUAAGGCGCUUGGAGAAACUCCAACGUGCAUCAUCUGAUCAGGCCCGAGAGGAAGAACUUUCCAGGCAACUUACAAAGUUACAAGAGGAUCUUGAGUAUGUGAGGUUCUUCCCCAAGACUGAGAAAUAUGUACCUUUAUUUGCUGGAGGAGAUGAUGCAGACAUUAUUGAUAAGAGGAACAGAUUGCGCAAGCAAAUUAAAGCCAAUAUCAAAGCUGCAGAAGCUAGUGGAAAAGAGUUAGAAGAAACUGGGAGUGAAGAUGAUGGUCAAUAUGCUGAGGAUGAUUUUUUCUUGACUGGAAGCUCAACUGAUGAAGCAGAUGCAGAUGAUGAAUGGACAGAUAAAAGUACAAGAGAACAAGCAUCAAGUGCUUCUGGGAAAGCAGCAUCUGGUAUGUCCAGUGAUGAAAAGAAUCAGAGGCAAAAGUCUGCCCGAGCACUGAUGCCACCUCCUCGCCCAUCAACCAAUUCGUUAAGAAGUGGAGGCCAUGGUCAAGUGGGACUUGAAUGUUCAUCAAGAAAAAGAUCAUCCAGGGGGAAGGUUUACUUGUCUACAAACAACACAUCGCAUAGCAGGAGUGGUUCUUCCUCCAGAAAUUGGGGAUCCUCAAAUGGACAGACAGGUCAAAGUAGUAAUCUAAGUUCCAAUUCUGAUGCUCACAAACCCCGAAGAAAAAGGAGGCCAAAGAAGAAAAAACAACAGGCAUGAAGAAAAAGCGCUGUAUCAGAGAGUUCCUAUGUUGCAGUUUUGUGUURUAUUUAUCCAGACAUGAAUGGGAAGGGCACUUCAAUGGAGGAUUUCACUUCUGUUCUUAACCUUGGUUCGGUUGGUGUUCCCACUUCAAUGUGGAUCUUCAUACAAGCUUCGAUCCCAUUCUAAUCAUCAUAUCUCAUUGAAAAUAGACGCCUUGCAUUUAUUGGGUCUUAUAUGAUGGUUAAGGUUCCUUGUUGAAAAUUAUUUAUAAGAAAUGAAGCUUUCUUACUCAAUUUUGUCAUGAAGUUGUAAGAUUCCAUGUGAUUCCAUUGAAGUUGGAUGUAUAUGAGCUUUCCUUCUUUUUUUUCUAAUUUGUUUUAGUGCAGCCUGUGCGUAGUCUGCAGAUAAGUGGGGUUGCAACUUCUAAAUUUUGGUCACUAAUGCUGUGUUUGUGUUUAA